AGUAUAUUAUUAAGCACUGUGUGGUGAACAACAAUACCUUAUAUGAUGGAAAGUAAAGGGCUUUUAACAGACAAUUAUCAAAAUUAUGACAUCAGCCGUGGAAUGUUUGGAGGGCCCUUAAAUCCAUUUGCUGGAUAUUCUGUCACCAACAAGUUUGCAACACCUUAUCAAUUUCCAGCUGUGUCUGAUUCAAACAUAUUUUCGCUCGGUGGUGGAGCAUUCGAUCAAACAUUUCCGCAACUACAUGAUAGUGCUAAUGGAUUUGGAUUAAAAUAUGGCGGUGGAGGAGGUGGAGGCACGGGUUAUGGACAUACAUCAAUUGGAACACAAUCACAUUACGGACCACCGAUGAUGUCGGGUGGAAAGGGAGGAAAAUUGAAAGGUGCUGCAUUGUCAGCAUUAACACUGUUGGCAUUUUUAUACUUUCUUAAUCUGUUACAAUCGUGUUUAAAGGAUCAAAUGGAAGCUAUGAAUCCAACUGUGAUGGUUAUGUCUGCUGGUCAACGCGCAGUAAUUGCUCGAAAUGAAGAGAAUGAAGCGAAGAAACGUUUCGAUCUGAAUUAUGAAAAUGCCCCAUCUGACGAGCUUACAGAAUAUGCAGACGAUGAGGAUUAUAGUGUUACUAUGGAUGAUGGUGCAAUGUCGGCAACAAUGACAAAGAACCACAAGAGGAUUAGAGGAAAGCAGCAGCAGCAGCAUCAACAUCAACAAAAACGACGUAAAUUGAAGGGUGCAAUCGGUCCAAAAUUGCAAAAUUUACAGUUGAUACGCAGUACAAUGUAACAAUAUUUGCAAUGACAGCGAUAGAAAAUGGAUUAAUCUGGUAAUUGCAGCUAGUAGAAGUGGAAUUAAAUGCAAGGUGCUGAUAUUUUAAUUUAAUAGUAUUUAAUGUUUGUGCUUACAAUAUGGUAAUAUUUAUUUCUAGAAAUUAAUAAUGUAAUAAAUUCAGGCACACAGUUGUGAUUAGCACAAGUUUUGUGAACCCAAAUUAAAUUUCCACUUGAAAUAAUUCUUUUAAAAAAUUGUAGCAAAAGUGGAACCAUUUGGUGUUACAACUAAAUACUAUCGUAG